UGGCGGGGAGUAGAGCGUGCAAGUUGCAAGGAAAGGGUGCCCGCUCCUUCCGUGCUCACCGUGCUCCUGGUUCCUCACUCCUUCCCCCUCCUCUUUGCCUCCUCCCUCCCCGCCCCCACCUCCUUCCUCCUCUCCGAAGGGCUGGUAACUUGUUGUGCGGAGCGAACGGCGACAACGACGGCGGCGGCGGCACCAUCCGGGCGGGCAGCAUGGGCACGUCCGCGCGCUGGGCGCUGUGGCUGCUGCUCGCGCUGUGCUGGGCGCCCCGGGACAGCGGCGCCUCUGUAAGCGGGAAAAAAGCCAAAUGUGAUAAUUCCCAAUUCCAGUGCACAAAUGGCCGCUGCAUUACUCUGCUGUGGAAAUGUGAUGGAGAUGAAGACUGUGUUGAUGGCAGUGAUGAAAAGAACUGUGUGAAGAAGACAUGUGCUGAGUCUGACUUCGUGUGCAAAAACGGCCAGUGUGUUCCUAACAGAUGGCAGUGCGAUGGGGACCCUGACUGUGAAGAUGGUUCUGAUGAAAGCCCAGAACAGUGCCAUAUGAGAACAUGCCGCAUAAAUGAAAUCAGCUGUGGCGCCCGUUCUACUCAGUGUAUCCCAGUGUCCUGGAGAUGCGAUGGUGAAAGUGAUUGUGACAAUGGAGAAGAUGAAGAAAACUGUGGCAACAUCACAUGCAGUGCUGAUGAGUUCACGUGCUCCAGCGGCCGCUGCGUCUCCAGGAACUUUGUGUGCAAUGGCCAGGAUGACUGUGAUGAUGGCAGUGAUGAGCUGGACUGUGCACCACCAACCUGUGGUGCCCACGAGUUCCAGUGCAGCACCUCUUCCUGCAUCCCCCUCAGCUGGGUGUGUGACGACGAUGCAGACUGUUCCGACCAAUCAGAUGAGUCUCUUGAACAGUGUGGCCGCCAGCCGGUCAUACACAUGAAAUGUCCUGCCAGUGAGAUCCAGUGUGGCUCUGGCGAGUGCAUUCACAAAAAAUGGCGGUGUGACGGAGAUCCGGACUGCAAAGAUGGCAGUGACGAGGUCAACUGCCCUUCUCGGACCUGCAGACCUGACCAAUUUGAAUGUGAAGAUGGUAGCUGCAUCCACGGCAGCAGGCAAUGCAAUGGCAUCCGAGACUGUGUGGACGGCUCUGAUGAAGUCAACUGCAAAAAUGUCAAUCAGUGCUUGGGCCCUGGAAAGUUCAAGUGCAGAAGCGGGGAAUGCAUAGACAUGAGCAAAGUGUGUGACCAGGAGCAGGACUGCAGGGACUGGAGUGAUGAGCCCCUGAAGGAAUGCAAUAUCAAUGAGUGCUUGGUCAAUAACGGUGGCUGCUCCCAUAUCUGCAAAGACCUAGUUAUAGGCUAUGAAUGUGAUUGUGCAGCUGGGUUUGAACUGAUAGAUAAGAAAACCUGUGGAGAUAUUGAUGAAUGCCAAAAUCCGGGGAUCUGCAGUCAAAUUUGUAUCAACUUAAAAGGCGGUUACAAGUGUGAAUGUAGCCGUGGCUAUCAAAUGGACCUUGCCACUGGCGUGUGCAAGGCAGUAGGCAAAGAGCCAAGUCUGAUCUUCACUAAUCGAAGAGACAUCAGGAAGAUUGGCCUAGAGAGGAAAGAAUACAUCCAACUUGUAGAACAGCUAAGAAACACAGUGGCUCUGGAUGCUGACAUUGCAGCUCAGAAGCUGUUUUGGGCUGAUCUCAGCCAAAAGGCCAUCUUCAGUGCCUCAAUUGAUGACAAGGUUGGUAGACAUUUUAAAAUGAUCGACAAUGUCUAUAAUCCUGCAGCCAUUGCUGUUGAUUGGGUGUACAAGACCAUCUACUGGACUGAUGCGGCUUCUAAGACUAUUUCAGUAGCUACUCUAGACGGAGCCAAGAGGAAGUUCCUGUUUAACUCUGACUUGCGAGAGCCUGCCUCCAUAGCUGUGGACCCAUUGUCUGGCUUUGUUUACUGGUCUGACUGGGGCGAGCCAGCUAAAAUAGAAAAAGCAGGGAUGAACGGAUUUGACAGGCGCCCACUGGUGACUGACGACAUCCAAUGGCCUAAUGGAAUUACACUUGACCUUGUCAAAAGCCGCCUCUACUGGCUCGAUUCCAAGCUGCACAUGCUGUCUAGUGUGGACUUAGAUGGUCAAGAUCGGAGAAUAGUGCUCAAGUCUCUGGAGUUCCUAGCUCAUCCGCUUGCACUCACAAUAUUUGAGGAUCGUGUCUACUGGAUAGAUGGAGAAAAUGAAGCAGUGUAUGGUGCCAAUAAAUUCACUGGAUCAGAGCUGGCUACUCUAGUCAACAACCUCAAUGAUGCCCAAGACAUCAUUGUCUACCACGAACUUGUUCAGCCCUUAGGUAAAAACUGGUGUGAAGAAGAUACGCAGAAUGGAGGAUGUGAAUACCUCUGCCUACCAGCACCACAGAUUAGUGACCAUUCUCCGAAAUAUACCUGUUCCUGUCCCAAUGGGUACAAUCUUGAGGAAAAUGGACGAGAGUGUCAAAGUACUUCAACUCCUGUGACUUACAGUGAGACCAAAGAUAUCAACACAACAGACAUUCUACGUACUAGUGGACUGGUUCCUGGAGGGAUCAAUGUGACCACAGCAGUAUCAGAGGUCAGUGUUCCCCCAAAAGGAACUUCAGCUGCUUGGGCUAUCCUUCCUCUCUUGCUCUUGGUUAUGGCAGCAGUAGGUGGGUACUUGAUGUGGCGUAAUUGGCAACAUAAAAACAUGAAAAGCAUGAACUUUGACAAUCCUGUGUACUUAAAGACCACUGAAGAGGACCUCUCAAUAGACAUUGGUAGACACAGUGCUUCUGUCGGACACACGUACCCAGCCAUAUCAGUUGUCAGCACAGAUGAUGAUCUGGCUUGACCUCUGUACAAGUCUGAACCAGUAGCACCCCACUCCGGAACGGUAACCGAGCCAGCGCUGAAGUCUCCUUUCUUCUGCCCAUCUGGAAGAACAUCGAGAUAUCUUUCCGUGGAUCAAGUUUGUGUGCUUGAACAUUUUUAUAUCACUUUUGUAAAUAUUCUUGGCCACACUCUACUUCAGCUUUGGAUGUGGUUACCAAGUAUCUGUAACCCUUGAAUCUCUAGACAGUAUUGCCAUCUCUGGCCAAAUAUGCACUUUCCCUAGAAAGCCAUAUUCCAGCAAUGAACCUUGUGCUAUAGUGACCCCCACCUGUACAUACAUUGUAUAGGCCACCUGUACAUAUCCCAGAGAACAAUCACUAUUCUUAAGCACUUUGAAGAUAUUUCUAUGUAAAUUAUUGUAAACUUUUUCAAUGGUUGGGACAAUGGCAAUAGGAUAAAACGGGUUACUAAGAUGAAAUUGCCAAAAAAAAUUUGUAAACUAGUUUUGUACGUAUAAAUGAAAUCUUUGACCUCUGUGGAGGUUUGCAAAGACUGACUUCAAACUACUGUACAUUUUUUUUCAAGUGCUAAAAAAUUAAAACACACAGCUUAACUAUGGUUUUGAUUAUUCCUCUAAGAUGGACUGGGAACAGCCUGUGUAUCACCAAAUGUUCUAAACAUCUGAGCUAUAGCUCUUGGUGUUAUAUACCUAGCCCAUAAUUGGCUAGUAUCUUUUACAACCAAGUACUAAUUAAAGAAAUGGGUACCAUUUAAUAUUUGUUCCCCCAAAUUUAUCACCUUCCUUUCCUUCCUUCCUUCCUUCCUUCCUUCCUUCCUUCCUUCCUUCCUUCCUUCCUUCCUUCUUUCCUGGCCUCAAGUUUGCAAUGCUCCUGCUUCAACUUCCUAACUUCUGGGAUUACAUGUCUGCACCAUGACACCCAGCCCACAUAUUUCUUAUUUUAUAAAAGACACUGUCUACCAAGAAUUCCUUUUGCUCACAGAAGGUUCCUUUUUCCUAUUUUUUCACAGUGAUCUAGAAACACUUGCUAAGAUUCUCAUAAGUUCUCAUGCUUUGUGUCCAUGUUCUGUCAUCAUUGUAGGUCAAAGACAAGUGCCUUCUACGGCAUGGUGAAAGGGUUAUUCUUAUGACAGCCUGACUUGUCUUACCAUGAAGAUGGGUAGGAAGGAUGGUAGGCAGCAUCGGUGUUGAACAAUCAAAGUUGUGGCUCUCAGAAUGCCCCAGGAACAGCAAUAUCAGCUGCUAGGCACUUAACAGAGAUGAAGAUUCUUGGGUCUCACCCCAAACCUACUUAAUCAGAAACCCCAGUAAUGGGGACCAGGAACUUUUCAUGUAGUUCUGAUAUAACCUAAAGUUUGACAAAAAAAUUCUAAUAUGGCUUCAUGGAGACUAUAAUUGUAGUGUAUUUGACAUAUUGUCAGUCUAUAGUAUUGGACAUGUAGACAUGUUUUGCCUAUGGGGAAUUUGUGGAACUUUGUGUGGAGAACAGAUAAGGAGUUGGAUACGGAAAGUGAUACUGUGCCAAGAGGGGAGUUUUGUGAGUUUUCCAUCACAUUGACCAUCACACCCUUACUCUGGAGUCUCAAGAUGCCUACAAGUGAAGAAAGAUGCAAGACUUAAAGCACAGACAAGAUGCUCUGGUAACUCCACUGUGAGGUGGGCACUGAUUCCUUUGGGAUGAAAUGGCUAAGGCAGCAUCUAAAACAGACAAGGUCAUUUUGUCUUUAUAAAUCUUGUCUCUUCUGUAAAAACCCAAUAAUUAGAUAGAACUUACUGUAUUUUAAAAGGUACAAAGUCAUUUUUUAAAUGUGUGCUUAAAUAUUGAUAGAGCAUUGUUAAGUUUUGCUAGAGUGUAGUUAUCUGGUGACACUGCUACUGAAUAGUUCACAGGGAUGAGAGCCCUGACCUUUAUCACCCAAACAAGAUCUUAAGAACUAUAUGUGAGAUGGGUUGAUGUAACUUGGCUGUAUCUCUAGAGUUUAAUAGAGUGGAUAAUUCAUUAAGAGCUGAAAUAUGAAACAUUAAAUUCUUAGAAAGGAUAGUUAUAAUUAGACCAGCCUGUCACAUGAGGCAACAGUAAGAGGAACCUCAAGGGACUUGAGGAAUAUCUUCAGGGUGUAGACAAAUGUACAGAUUUGUAGACCCUGGUGAAGAAAUCCAGUCAAGUCUCUGAGACCAAAAGUUUAAGAAGCUGUUGCAAGCUAUACUCUCCUUGGCAAGAAGUAGGCCUAGUAGCUCACCAGUUCCCUCAUAAUAUUCUGACAGCUACUUUGAAGAUUUGGCACCAUCUUGGAGCCUUUGGAUCUGGACAAAUGGGGCAAAAUAAUUCUUUGAGGCCUCAACUUGUGCACUUGCCUAGAUCCCAGACAUCCUUUCUCUUAAACAAGUAGGCAGGUUUUAAACAGCAUGGUAGCUGACCAGUUAAAGGGGUUGCUGUUCAGUCAGGAACAGGACAGAAACCUGAGACCCACCUACUGUCUAGCUUUUAACAUCACCCCAACCCAAAGAUACUGGUGGACUUUCCAUGCAUCACCUAGUUAAACGGAAUUGAUUUCCUAGCAUUCUUACCUAGUAAAGUCUUUCCUACUGCAACAGUAUAUUCCCUUAAACCCAAAUGAACAAUGAGCACCAUGCUUCUUCUUUCUCUUGUGGUAAACAAACAUAUUAAAACAAAUCACAGACCCUCUGCUUACUAGAUUCAAGAACAAACCAAAACUCUACUCCUGAUCCAGAACUUUGAGCCUUUUGCUUCUAAGUCCAUGUUUGAUCUUCUUUGGAGAGACUGAGAAUUGUGUCCCUAUUUCAGCCAUAUCCUAGACCCCUUCAACUAGGCAAUUUCAGAAAUAGGAAAAAAAGUUUGGGAAGGUGUCUUGUUGCCAAGGAGAGAGGAGAUGACUUAGAGGAUGAGACAGUUGUUGUUGGGGUUUUAUUGUUGUUUGUUCAUUCACAGAGGGUCUAGCUCACAAGAGCUUCAUAGAAAGGAUAAUAACCACCAUUUUUGUAGGAAUCUCAUUCCCAUCUCCCUUCACCAAUAAAAAGCAGAAUGCAAGUUAGUAGGGAGCCCUAAAUCGAGGUUUGUGAUCACAUGUCCCAUCUCUUUACAGGAUCACUUCAGUCUGUUUAGUGUUUCUGAACCUGGUUCAUCCAAGAAACAGGAAUGAAGCGGGACCACAGACCCAGAGUGCAUUUAAGUCUCCCUGUAUGUGUAUGUGUAGACCCUGGAACACGUAUAAGACAGGGAGAAUGUGGGGAGCAUGGGCUCGGCAGGAACUCUGGGAUAUCUCAAGAAUGGCUUUCUUCUUGGCUGUGCUUGGGGGCAAAGACAGAUGGGCAGCUGGACGGGAGUGUUUGGAGUUCUUCAUAUCAUGACAGUAGCAUGUAUUUCUGACCCAGGUGUGCCAGCUUGGGCAAGUCAGGAACCAUCGCUGAAGUAUGGGGAGGACAGGGAUGCACUGGAGCAAUGGGAUGGAUACAAGAGUGGAGUCCAAGAGCUCAGCACAGUGUCUGGCAUCUGGUGUGUAUGAGGCACCGUACUGACUAUCACUGUCAGUAUGUGUUGUUACACAGCCCGAGAACUGGUAAGGGGCUUUCCCAGUGAGCAUUGCAGGCAGCCUCACUCACUGAGUAACAAGAGCCUUUCACAUUAAAUAGUUUUUCCCCAUCACACCAAAGUCUGAAGUUCAGGAAGGAUUUGACCUCACGCAGGUGAAAAGCCUUAAAGGACGAUAUGGUUUAAACCUCAGAAUCAUAGCUGGUAUCUAUGUAUCUGCCUUGGUCUUUGACUGCUUCUACUAGGACAUGAAAACAUGGAUUGGCACCUGCAGAGUGGCUUUCAAUGGCUGUCUAAGUGUUUUUAAUGACCCUUCAGUUCUUAACAUAUGCUUAAUGUUGUGCUGUGAGCGUUCUCCCAUCUUCUUAGAUCCUCACAGUAACCACAAUAGGCAAGCAUCUUCAUUCUACAUAUGUGAAAGCUAAGGGUAUAAACCAUGUGAGAUUCCAAACUAAAAAGACUGCCAUGGUCUCAGAAGAGGGUGCUGUCCUGUGCAAACGUUAAACUGGAUAUCACAAUGUAUGUUUGCUGAGUCUCCUUUCCCACAAAUUGUAGAGCAUGUCUGCAGUUUCUCAGUUGUUUUAGAUUGUACGUCUAGCACGAUGGUGCAUGCAACUAGAGGGCCGGCAUGGUACCAGAACAACACAAUAUAAUUCGCUUACGCCAUGCCUUCAAGGUGCUGGACUUGGUAGCCAUCAAGGGAUAGCUUUAAACAAAAAGACAGAAAUUUGGCACAGGAACUUGGAGAUAUGAUGUCAUCCCCUAGCAGAGCAUAGCAGGAGAAAGCAUGCUACCAUACAGCAAUUCUCAGUUUCCAAGGCAGUUCACGGAAUGUUGGUGCUGUGACUUCAAACCUGAUCUCAAUGUUCUAGAAUCUGCCUAACACCCGGCUGUUUCUCAGUUUAUACAUACACUUGGGGAGGAAAGAAUGUUUUUUAACAAAAUGACUGGUUCUCACAAAACUGUCUUGCCUCUUCUAAACGUCACAUUUGAUACUAACAAUACGAUUUAAGAGCAUGUAAUGCCUUGGAGGCACACAACCUGACCAUUGCCUUAGGAUUGUCACUGUUGUAAAGGCACAUGUUGGAACACAUCCAGUCCUGCUGACCUGUAGAUAAUUAUUUUUCUCUAAAUGAACUGUACAUUUAUCUAAAUAAAAAUUUAUUUUUGA